AUGAAUAAAUGUUUUGUUUCUAUUUAUAAAUUCAGAUAUCAUCAUUAUGUUAAAAGGUUUAAAUGUUCAAUUAAUAAUGCAAUUAAUGAUAAAAAAUUAAAAUGGAGAACUACUGAAGAAUCUUAUUGUGAAUAUUUAUUAAGUCCCGAAGAAGAAAAAGAAUUAAGGAAAAAUCACUUAAAUAUUAUAUCAAAUAAUAAUAUAAAUAUAGAUGAUAAUAUAAUAUAUGAAAGUAUAAAAGAUUGUGAGAAAGAUAAUAUUUCUGCUUAUUACUUCAAUUUAAAUUCUAAUUUAAAUAAUCUAAAAAAUAGUAGCAGUAUUAUAUCAUAUUACUUUAAACCUUUGAGUAAUAUCAUAAAAAAAUUUAAGGAAAUACCAGUAAUAAAUUACCUUUAUAAAAAUAUAUUUUUUAAAUAUAGGGUAAAUAUUCAUAUAUUUAUUUCACCAAUAUAUGAAAGAAUAAAUAACGAAAAAUUAUUUUUAAAAUUUAAUUUAAAUAAAAAUGAUGUUCGUGAAAUUAUGUAUUUUUUAUGUAUACAUGUAUGGAUCUAUUGUGUUAAAUUAAAUAUGAUAAAUGAUAAUCAUUUAAAAGUUUUGUUAUUCGAAAAAGUAUGGGAUUAUUACAGAGCAUUAAUUAUGAAAUAUAAAAUUUCAGAAUUUUCUUUUAAUACUUAUUUAAUUAAUAUGCAAGAAUAUUCGUUAGGCUUUUGUGUUGGAUUAGAUGAAUGUAUAAGUAAAAAAUUAUAUGCAGGACAAAUUUAUCACCUUCUUUUUAAUCACAUUUAUAGGGAAAAUAAAAAUUUUAAAAAUUCAAAAGAAUUAACAAAUUUAACUAUUUAUUGUAUAAGAAUGUAUCGUUUUAUUUGUCUUCUUCCUAAAGAGAAUUUUUUACAAGCUAAAUUUACGUGGCCAGAUGUUGAAUAA